AUGGCGUUCCCUUCAAAGUCUGACUGUUCAAUAUGCAACAUUGUCUCCCCGUCACCUGCAAGAAUGCCUGUGGAAGAUCUAGACACUCCUGCGUCGUCGGCGAAACAGCCAGAAAUUGUAUGGAAAGAUGAUUAUUUCGCUGUAUGCCGUGAAAUCAAUGGUCAUAUUGUAGUCAUCGUCAAUCGGCAUGUCCCAUCAAUCAUACAUGCGCCAAUCAGCCAUGCUUCCUCCUCAACACCGCUCGACACACGGCUUAUCGGCUCAAUACCUGCCAUCAACACGCGUUUUGCAAACGGUGUUGGUUUCAUCGUACGGCCGUUCCGUGACGUAAAGAUACCCAUGACCGAUAACCUUCAUGUGCAUGCGUAUGUACUCCCUGCUGACGGUAUAGGUUCAUUAGCUCGGCACAGCGCCGGCGAUUUAAUCGCUAAGAUUUGGGAGGAAUCUUCCUACAAUUGUAUUCAUUCGGGUGUCGAUGCAUGCCCCAUAGAUUCCGUACCGCAAGCUGGUGUCCGAACAGGCGCCGCCGGUGGUGUUGAAACUACGGAAUGA